AUGCGUUCGACUCGUCGCAACACGUAUCCAUACAUUGCCAAGGUGAUGCGGUUACUACAGGAAGGUUUCGUUCGCGGGAUUGUGUGGUGGGAGAGCCUGAAUGCGGUCGAGUAUGCUGGGUACAUCGGUGGAGGAGACGGGGUGUAUCGACACGACGAUCUCGGGACAGAGGCUGUAGAGCUGGAAGGUAAACGGUCAGCUAUUGUUGUAGCAAGAAGCGAGGUGCUGAAGAGAACAUACCAAGUGAUCACGUUGGUAGCCGAACGCGCCCUUGGCUCGAGGCCGACGAGCUGGGCGAAGCCAAAUGGAAUCGACAUCGAAUUCCACACAGGAUCAUUAGCCCAGGGCCGUGCUAUCAGAGGAUACAGAGCAUAUUCUCCUGCUUUGGUGGCAGAUCCAUUCAAUGGUGGUGAACUGGGCAGCUAA